GCGCUCGGCUCCGGCGGGGAAGGCGCCCCGAGCCCAUGCCUCCGGCCCCGCGCCGCGGCUGCCCUGACCCGGCCGCGACCUCCCCGCGCGGGGGCCCGCCGUCCCGGGCUUCUGGGGUGUUCCCCAACCACGGCCCAGCCCCGCCACACCCCCCGCCCCCGGCCUCCGCAGCUCGGCAUGGGCGCGGGGGCGCUCGCCCUGGGCCCCUCUGAACCCUGCAACCUGUCGUCCACCGCGCCGCUGCCCGACGGCGCGGCCACCGCGGCGCGGCUGCUGGUGCCCGCGUCGCCGCCCGCCUCGCUGCUGCCCCCGGCCAGCGAGGGCCCGGCGCCGCUGUCGCAGCAGUGGACGGCUGGCAUGGGCCUGCUGAUGGCGCUCAUCGUGCUGCUCAUCGUGGCGGGCAACGUGCUGGUGAUCGUGGCCAUCGCCAAGACGCCGCGGCUGCAGACGCUCACCAACCUCUUCAUCAUGUCCCUGGCCAGCGCCGAUCUGGUCAUGGGGCUGCUGGUGGUGCCGUUCGGGGCCACCAUCGUGGUGUGGGGACGCUGGGAGUACGGCUCUUUCUUCUGCGAGCUCUGGACCUCGGUGGACGUGCUGUGCGUUACGGCCAGUAUCGAGACCCUGUGUGUCAUCGCGCUGGACCGCUACCUGGCCAUCACGUCGCCCUUCCGCUACCAGAGCCUGCUGACGCGCGCGCGGGCGCGGGCGCUCGUGUGCACCGUGUGGGCCAUCUCGGCCCUGGUGUCCUUCCUGCCCAUCCUCAUGCACUGGUGGCGGGCCGAGAGCGACGAGGCGCGCCGCUGCUACAACGACCCCAAGUGCUGCGAUUUCGUCACCAACCGAGCCUACGCCAUCGCCUCGUCCGUGGUCUCCUUCUACGUGCCCCUGUGCAUCAUGGCCUUCGUGUACCUGCGGGUGUUCCGCGAGGCCCAGAAGCAGGUGAAGAAGAUCGACAGCUGCGAGCGCCGCUUCCUCGGCGGCCCCGCGCGGCAGCCCGAGCCGGCGUCCUCCUCGCCCUCGCCGGGGCCCCCGCGCCCCGCCGCCGCCGCCGCCGACUCGAUGGCCAACGGGCGCGUCAGCAAGCGCCGGCCCUCGCGCCUCGUGGCCCUGCGCGAGCAGAAGGCGCUCAAGACCCUGGGCAUCAUCAUGGGCGUGUUCACGCUCUGCUGGCUGCCCUUCUUCCUGGCCAACGUGGUGAAGGCCUUCCACCGCGACCUGGUGCCCGAUCGCCUCUUCGUCUUCUUCAACUGGCUGGGCUAUGCCAACUCGGCCUUCAACCCCAUCAUCUACUGCCGCAGCCCCGACUUCCGCAAGGCCUUCCAGCGCCUGCUGUGCUGCGCGCGCCGGGCCGCCCGCCGGCGCCACGCCGCCCACGGGGACCGGCCCCGCGUCUCGGGCUGCCUGGCGGGAACCGGGCCGCCGCCGUCUCCCGGGGCCGCUUCGGACGACGACGACGACGACGACGUCGGGGCCACGCCGCCCGUGCGCCUGCUGGAGCCCUGGGCCGGCUGCAACGGCGGCGGCGGCGGCGGCGGAGCGGCCACUGCGGACAGCGACUCCAGCCUGGACGAACCCAGCCGUCUGGGCUUCGCCUCGGAAUCCAAGGUGUAGGAGAGCCGGGCUCUGGGCGCGGACGCCGGCGCCCCAGCCGGGCGCCUCCGGGGGAGCUAGAGCCCGCCAAGGCGCCCCCGAGUGACUUCCCAGGGGAAACGGAGAUCUGUGUUUACCCAAGACCGAAAGCA